AUGGAAAAGCUGAAUUUUAUUAAAAAUGGAGUAAGUAGAUUGCCUCCUGGUUUUCGUUUCCAACCGACCGAUGAAGAACUUGUUUUUCAGUAUUUGAAAUGUAAAAUCUUCUCAUGCCCCUUGCCAGCUUCCAUCAUUCCUGAGGUCAAUGUUUGCAAGUAUGAUCCUUGGGAUUUGCCAGGAGGUUGUGAUGAACAUGAGAGGCAUUUUUUCAGCUCCAAAGAAACAAAAUUUAGAAAUAGUAAUAGGAUGAGUAGAACAACAAAAUGUGGAUAUUGGAAGGCGACAGGAUCAGAUAAAAGAAUUUCAUCUUCAACUUGUAAUGGAAUUGUUGGAAUAAGAAAAACCCUAGUUUUUUAUCAAGGAAAAUCGCCAAAUGGUUCUAGAACUAAUUGGAUCUUGCAUGAAUAUCGUCUCGUCAAUGCAGAAACUAAUUCUUCUAAUUCAACUCAGAAUUAUGGAAAUGAAAUAGGAGACUGGCUUCUAUGUCGAUUAUCGACGAGGAAAAGAAAUUUAGAAUAUGGAAGCACUAGUACUCAUAAUAAUAAUAAUAAUAAUAACAAUAAUGCUACUCCGAAUUCGAGAUUAAUGUUUGAUUUUAUGAUGGUAAACAACAACAAAACAUGUUCAUCUACUUCAUCUUCAUGUUCAAGUUCAAGUAACAACAACAUUGAGGUCUCUUCAAAUCUACAAGACCAUGAACAAGAUUAUGCUGAUCAUUUUUAA